AGAGGGUUAGCUCAGCGCCGUACUCCGUGGGCACCUCUGCGGCUGGGUCGUCCUCCUCGGUGAGGUUUUUAUUUAGCAGUUAGAAAUGGAGUCGGCAUAUCUUCAAAAGAAUCUUGGGACGUGUCUAACUCAAGGUCUUGCAGAAGUGGCAAGGAUGCGCCCGGUGGAUCCAAUAGAAUACUUAGCAUUGUGGAUUUACAAGUAUAAGAACAAUGUGACCGUGGAGCAACAAAGACAAGAGGAAAUGGCCCAGUUGGAGCAUGAAAGAGAAUUAGCUGUGAUGGAGCAGGAAAUGAUGGAGAGACUUAAAGCAGAGGAGCUCCUGUUUCAGCAGCAACAGCUGGCAUUCCAGCUGGAGUUGGAAAUGCAAGAAAAAGAGAGACAAAGAAUAGAAGAACUGCAGAGAGCUCAAGAGCAAUUUGAGAAGGAUGGAGCCGACUCAGGCAGAACACUAGCUGAAAUUAGUGAUCGAUACGGAGCGCCAAACUUGAGCAGAGUGGAAGAACUUGAUGAACCGAUGCUAUCUGAUGUUGCAUUAAACAUUGAUCAAGAUUUGUAGGAUCAACCAACCAAAGAACAAUAAAUGUUUCUUCUUUCAAGUUUCAAAAUAGGAGGUCCCCAAUUGUUUUUU